CGAAGGAAACUCUCCGCCGGUGGAACAAGACGAGAAAUUCUGUCUGUCCUCCAUACUCACUUCGACACAAUUUGCCCUCGGCUUUCUAACCAAGUCGGGAACGACGGCUAUCUCGCAGGAGAAGGCCACAUAGAGCCAGAGGGACAGACCGUGGAGGUCUGGAAGUCCGACCUUGAAAAUCUUCACCAUGGGUCGCUUGGCCAUAGUGGAGGAAGAAGGACACUCGAACAGGGAGACCGAUUCAGUGACAACACCCCAGGGUCCCAAGGCCACUUUGCCUCUCAGUGACACGCCCAUGGAGCCCAAUACCCCCUGUCGGGUGCGGGAAAUGGGUGCGGGACCAAACACUCUGUGCGGUGCGAACCUCAAGAAGAGCGACACGUCACUCGAGGACGAGAAACGUAAGGCUGGGAAUUCGGACGAGUCCGGAUUCUUUGAUGACGAUGACGACGACAUCGAAAUCCUCUACGAUAAGAACGCAGAGGAGAACAAUAACAAAAAACAAAUUGUGAUAUCGAACUCAGAGCAAUUGUGCCGUGAUAUUAAGAGCUUGCUCGGCUCGACUCAAGCCACUCCCUCCGGAGCUUCUGCAAAUUCAUCCAGUCAAGGCGUGGACCCAGGUUAUUACCGCAAUGGAGCUCCCAAGGUGUCAAUGAGAGAUUUCGAGCUACUCAAGGUUCUAGGCACAGGAGCCUACGGAAAGGUGUUUCUGACGAGGAAACGAAAUGGCACAGAUGCAGGACGCCUCUACGCCAUGAAGGUCUUGAAAAAGGCCACCAUUGUGCAGAAACGGAAGACCACCGAGCAUACACGAACUGAGCGACAGGUUUUACAAACUAUUCGCCAAUCGCCGUUCCUCGUUACGUUGCACUACGCCUUUCAAACCUCAAGCAAACUUCAUUUGGUAUUAGAUUACGUCAAUGGAGGAGAACUCUUCACCCACUUGUAUCAACGUGAAAAGUUCACGGAGAAUGAGGUGCGGAUCUACAUUGGAGAAAUCGUUCUGGCCUUGGAACACUUGCACAAGAACAAGAUCAUCUACCGUGAUAUCAAGCUGGAGAACAUUCUCUUGGAUGGUGAAGGUCACAUAGUCAUCACUGACUUUGGACUAAGUCGGGAAUUCCUACCUGAGGAGAAGGAGCAACGGGCCUACUCGUUCUGUGGAACCAUCGAAUACAUGGCUCCCGAGAUUGUGCGAGGGGGAAACCACGGCCAUGAUAUCGCUGUGGAUUGGUGGAGUUUGGGGGUCCUUACGUAUGAGCUUUUGACUGGUGCCUCUCCAUUUACUGUCGAGGGUGAUAAGAACACGCAGCAAGACAUUUCCAAACGGAUCUUGAAUGCCGAGCCCCUGAUGCCAGACUUUCUCUCCAGAGAGGUCAAAGAUUUCAUCCUCAAGCUUCUGGUUAAAGACCCCAGGAAGCGAUUGGGAGGUGGCCUUGGUGAUGCUUUCGAGGUCCGAAGUCAUCCCUUUUUCGUCCCGAUCAAUUGGGACGAUCUGUUGCGGAAAAAUAUUCCCGCUCCAUUCAUCCCCAAGAUUGGAUCAGCCACGGAUGUCUCCAAUUUCUCAGAGGAGUUUACCAAUAUGGAAGUGGUGGAUACGCCUGCCAUCAUUCCUCCCAACGUGGAAAACGUCUUCAGGGGCUACUCGUUCAUUUCGCCUUCGAUACUCUUCGCUGAUAACAAUGUGAUAUCCGAUGACAUGUUCCGGCCCAAUCCAGACAAGAAACCAAGCACUUCCAAUCUAGUCGGGUGCAUCCUCAAGAAAUCUCCGUUCUUCCAAAACUACGAUAUUGACCUCGGUGAUAAGCUUUUGGGUGACGGGAGUUAUUCCGUUUGUCGGCGAUGCUUCCACAAGGAGUCUCGUCGGGAGUUUGCCGUGAAAAUCAUAUCACGCCGAGUGGAUUGCUCGAAAGAGGUCGAACUGUUACGAUUGUGUCAAGGCCAUCCCAACAUAGUCAAACUCAUUGAUGUGAUCCAGGAUGAAAUUCAUACUUACAUUGUGAUGGAAAAUCUCCGCGGAGGAGAGCUCCUGAACCGAAUUCGGAGCUUCAAACAAUUCGACGAGUUUCAGGCUGCACGGAUCAUGACAAAACUCAUGUCAGCCGUCAAUUUCAUGCACUUCCAAGGCGUGGUUCAUCGAGACCUCAAACCCGAGAACAUCUUGUUCUCGGAUGAUUCCGACACUGCCGAGUUAAAGGUGGUGGAUUUCGGAUUCGCCCGCCUGAAGCCCAAGAACAAAAAGGAGGGCAUGAAAACCCCUUGCUUUACCCUCCAAUAUGCCGCACCUGAGGUUCUAAACCAGGCAAUUGUGGGGCCAAAGAGCGGAGAGGAUGCCACUAUGCCCAUGGAUGGCUACGACGAAAGCUGUGAUCUUUGGAGCUUGGGAGUUAUUUUGUAUGUGAUGCUCUGCGGACGUUCUCCGUUCAUGACUCAUCGACCCAAAGACGACUCCGCAUUUGCCAUCAUGAAGAGAAUCAAGUCUGGUGACUUCAAGAUCGACGCCAUACACGAAUCCGCGUGGAAAGCUGUUGGCCCCGCAGGCAAGCAAAUCGUGAAAGGACUCCUGACCGUGGACCCAAAGAAAAGACUGAAUCUCGACGACCUGUUCAACUCGACUUGGAUUCGCCGAUCCCUCCAAAGUAGCCGCUAUCAAAGGAAUGCCUUGAAGCCCUUACUUACGCCGGCCAUUCUUCAACAACACCCUCUGGUCGCGGAACGGAGUCUCAUGAUGACGUUCAACGCCUUCCAUCGCGUGACCCGUGAGGGAGGCUUGGCUCACUUCCCUCCUUCCCAUCCAGCAUCGGAUGGUCAACCUCGACGCUACAAGAUGUCCUCGUCAUGUUCGUCGGGAUUCGGGUCCCUCUCCAGUCAAUCCUCGCUCUCCUCGCUCUCGCCAACCAAGACCAACUCAAACCCGUGGAUGUAUCCGUGUCAACCUCCCCCCGUGUCCAGCUCAAGUCAACAACCACUCAUUCCAACACCGGAGCCGGAUCGGAGCACCUUCAGUCUACAGAACAGUCCGCGCAUUCAGGAUUACCUGAAUAGCCUGGCCUUGAUUCAGCAGCUUCAACAGCAACAUUGCACCCCUUCUAGUCAUCCCUCCUCGAUAUCAGCCACCACACCCUCCAUCGCUGCCUCCAGCCUUGCCACUAGCCUGUCCUCGUCCUCCUUGUCGUCGUUGUCGUCGUUGCCGACGUCUCAUUCCCGCAUGGCAGCCGAAGCACUGAGUGGCAUCUCCUACCAAAUGAUGCCACUCAAGUCAGAAUCUAGUGGAGCGGCUGUGUCGACUCGCCAGGACNGACACUAA